UCAGUUCAACUUUUGCCUCCGUUAGUUUAACCUCACAAUUUAUGUUCUCAAUUUUUUUUUCUUAUUCUUCUCUCUAGUUGCUUGUUGAUUUUCUCUUUCUUUUUCUUUCUCUUUCUCUUUCUCAUCAUCAUCAUCAUCUUCUGCUCUCUUUUUCCAAUCUGUCCAUCUUUUCUCUCAACGUCGUUUUCUUCUCAAUCGUCUUAGUGUGUUGAUCGUUUGAUCUUCAAUCUUUUUUUCUUCUUUUGGAUUUUUUCGUGGUUGUUUAUUAUUCUCUCUCGCCUGUGAAUUUAUUUAUGUGUGUCUUUUGCCUUCUGCUUUUUUCCUCACAAUCAUCUUACCUUCAUCAUCUUCUCCAUCAUCAACACCAUCACCAUCGACAAUAUUUAUAUUACAAGAAUUGAAAAUCAUCACGUUCUCUUGAUUCUUUUUUUGUCUUUGUCCAAAAAAAAGUCCUUCUCAUAACCACACACAUUAACCAAUAUGACGACUUCACCUUCUUCCAAAGCUAAUUAUUUUCUUCUAUAUGUUUACUUUUUUAUUCUAUUAACGACAACCAAUUUUUUCCAAAUCAUCAAUGCCGAUGGAAUUUUCGAAGUUAAUCUUAUUCCAAAGUGUAAAGGUAAAUCACCUUGUACAACCUAUUUCAAAGUUUGUCUUCGACACUACGAGAAAACAGUUAAUUAUGAUGAUGGUUGUUCUUUUGGUGAGACAACAGUUUCUCCAAAUGAAUAUGAUAAAAUUCACCAAAUCAAAUUAAACUUCUCAUGGCCUCGUGAUUUUUCAUUAAUAGUAGAAGGUUUCAACUCAGAACGAUAUGCUGCUAAGGAUCGUAUUCUUCGUCAAGCAUUCCAAGAAGCAUUAGAAGUACAUUCUGAUUGGAUCGAGCGAUCAAUUCGUUUCAAUUCAACACAAUUAACAACCAAAAUGCGUGUUCUUUGUGAUUCCAAUUUCUAUGGUAAAGAUUGUGGUCAACGUUGUGUUCCUCGUGAUAAUAAAUAUGGACACUAUGAGUGUAACGAUAAGGGACGAAAAUGUUUACCUGGUUGGCGUGGGGAUUUUUGUGAUGUACCAGUUUGUGCUGAUGGUUGUCUUAAUGGUUCAUGUAAAUCACCUGGUACUUGUGAAUGUGCUGAAGGAUAUGAAGGUGCACUUUGUGAUAAAUGUAAACUUUUCCCUGGAUGUCAACAUGGUUCAUGUAAAAAACCUUGGGAAUGUAAUUGUGAUGAAGGUUGGGGUGGUAACUUUUGUGAUAAAGAUCUUAACUAUUGUACUCAUCAUCAUCCUUGUGCCAAUGGAUUAUGUUACAAUAGGGGUGACAGAACUUAUACCUGUGAAUGUAUUAUGGGCUAUACUGGUAUUAAUUGUGACAUUCCAGUAAAUGAUUGCUCAGAUUCACCCUGUAUGAAUGGUGGUACUUGUUCACAAUCAACAUUAACCACAAAUUAUACAUGUACAUGUCCAUUUGGUUUUACUGGAGUUAAUUGUGAGAAUAGGAUCUCAUCUCAAUGUGAUUGGAAACCAUGUGAAAAUGGUGGUACCUGUUCAAAUGGACCAUCGGGUUACCUAUGUAUCUGUCCACCGGGUUAUGCUGGACCUAAUUGUGAGAUAAGGGUUACCUCAUGUAAUCAAUCACCUUGUCUAAAUGGUGCUACAUGUUCAUCUUCAUCUACAUCAUCAUACUCAUGUAAUUGUCGAGCUGGUUUCAAUGGUACACAUUGUGAAUUAAAUAUAAACGAUUGUACUUCUGAUGUUGACCUUUGUUUCAAUGGUGGUACUUGUAUUGACGGGGAUAAUUCAUAUACCUGUUCAUGUGCACCAGGUUUUACUGGACCUUCUUGCCAAACAAAUAUUGACGAUUGUAAUUCAAAUCCAUGUUUAAAUAAUGGACAAUGUACUGAUUUAAUCAAUGGUUUCUCAUGUAAAUGUGAACCAGGUUUCUCGGGUAUUGAUUGUUCAUAUUCAAUUCUAGCGGAAACAAUUGUUGGACCACCACCAUCAUCAUGUAUUCCUGGUUAUUGUCUCAAUGGUGCUGAAUGUAAAGUCAUACCUUACAUAGCAUCUUCAUCUUUAUCUUUAUCAUCAACAAUAACAACAAGUAUCGCAACUUGCUCAUGUCGACCCGGUUUUUCUGGACAACGUUGUGAAAAUAUACCCGGUGUUUUAGCUCGAUCGGAGAAAUCACUUCCAGAAUCAACUAAAUUACCAACCGAUUCUGUGACACAAUUAACCACAAUUCCAACUCUAACAACAACGACAACUGUACCAUCUCCUAAACAAUUGAUUGUACACUUUACAACUCCUAUUCCCGCUCCGGUUUCAUCAUUUUCAUCCUUUGAAAGGAUAAUCACCACUAGUGAAAUGACUUUGAUCUCAUUAUUAGCUAUUAUAAUUCCACUUGUAUUAGUUUGUUUAAUCUCUUAUCGAUUUAGUAAACGACGAAUUCGUCGAGAAGAGAGACAACGAUACGAAAAUGAGGAAGCCAUUAGACAGAACGAAGAGAACAGUUCAAAAAAGUGCCUACAAAAUGAUUCAUGUUUAAUCUAUAACGAUUUAAAUCGAGAUUCAAUGAGAAUAAUUAACGGUGGUCAACAUCAUCAUCAUCAUCAUCCUGCUGCUCUCUCAUUAUCACAUCCUCAUCUUCAUCCCUCUUUACUUUCACCUUCACAACAACCCAACACAAUACUUGCAACAGUAUCACCUCAAUGUACCUCAUCAUCCUUACUUUCACCUUCAUUAUCAACAAAAUCAUCUUCAUCUUGUAAUAAAAAAUUAUCUAAUAAUGACGAUUACAUUGUCAAUGAACUUACCAUUGAUCCAAAUCUGACGAUUUAUGGAUUAACACCUCCACCCACAUUACCACCAUUAACAUUAACCACCGAUCCAUCGGGCAUCUCAACGACAACAUCACAUUCAUGUCAUCCCUCUCCAGUGUACACUAAAUAUGCCACUCUAACCAGUCAUCAUCAUCUUCAUCCUCAUCUUCAUCAAGGUGGCUCAGUAGUUGAUUUACAUUAUCUUCAUCAUAUUGUUACAUAAGAAAAAAAACUUUUCUUCUCUAAAAACUUUUCAAACAAUCACAACGAAAAUAUAACUUAACGAACUUUUCUAAUUAGUCCAAAACACAAUCUCAUUGGGAGAUUCACACAUCAUCAUCACCAAGAAAAUGAACGAAAUCAACAAUUGAUAAUUAGUUAAUUAUCAAAUAAAAAAACAAUUCCUUUCUCUCUCUCUAUUUUGUCAGAUUAACAGUGAUAUUAAUAUAAACAAUCAACAGCUCAAACCAAUUCUCAAUGUUAAUUUGUAUUAUAAAUUUAUAAUUGAAUUUAAUAUAAAUAUGUAAAUAUGAUUUAUAAUCAAUAUAUAA